ACUGUCGUAAGCCAUGUGGGAUUGUGUGCUCGUGAUGUGUUGGGUAGCUAUCGGCAUAGAGGCGGGAGUACCGGCGACCACCGGGGUAGAUCACCACCACCAUCACCAUCACCACACAUUGGUCUCGGGUCCACAGCUAGAGCGAGCACCCCUCAGCAGCGCCGCCGUCACGGACGAUAGGAGGUCUGCUUCUAUCAAAGAUAGUGACCAGACGUGCCCCAACUGUGUGCCGCACCACCCACACUCGCACCACGGCGCCAAACACCACCGGCGAGUGUCUCUCUCGCCACGUCUGGAGGCCAUCAAGGCGCAGAUACUGUCCAAGCUGGGGCUGGCGGCGCGGCCCAACGUGACGCUGACGGUGUCGCGGCAAGUGGUGCAGGACACGAUAGAGAGGGCGGACUCCGUCGAGGGCCAGGAGGAGGAGACGCCGCCGCCGACCACGCGACUGCCGCAAGAGACCUCCGAGCCUGACGACUUCUACGGCCGCACCAGGGAGAUAAUCACGUUCGCCGAGCCAGGCCACAUGUUGAACGGUCAGACUCUGCUAGAGUUCCCCCACCCGCGGACCCAAGAAGCCGAGGGGUCCGUGCUCAAGGUCAAAUCCGCCACCCUCUGGGUCAAAGUCCGCCCAGUCCACUCCGAGGGCUACGCCAGGGCUCUAAACAUGACGCUCUGGAUCUUCCGAGUGGCACCUAGCCGACUGAGGAACGCGUCCUACCUUAGCGGCAAGGAGUUUGACGAACACACGGAGAUGUCGGCGUCACUGCCCGUCACUCUGUCGUCUCUAGGCUGGCAGAGGUUCGAGCUGACCUCCACAGUACGUCAGUGGUACGACGCCGCCUCCCAGCAGAGACUGAGGCUGCUGGUCGACUGCUCCGGGUGUACCAACCUAGUUGAGGCGGUGUUGUUCCAAGGGGCGUCGUCGGACAGACCUUACCUCGUCGUCCACACGGAGAGUAUCGCUACGCGGAGAGUGCGGCGGCGAGCCAUCGACUGUCAGGGUAACAACACACUCUGCUGCAAGGAGAGGUUCUAUGUGAGUUUCCGCGAGCUCGGCUGGGAUGAUUGGAUCAUCGCUCCUAGUGGAUACUUCGCCAACUACUGUCGCGGAGACUGCGGUGGUGGAGGGGUCCGAACCCCCGACAUGAUCGCCAGCCAUCACGCUCACGUCAUAGAGGAGUACCGCAAGAUGGACCGGCUGAACGGCAUGCAACCUUGCUGUGCGCCACUCAAGUUCUCCUCCAUGUCGCUCAUAUAUUUCGGUCCCGACAUGACCAUCAUUAAGAGGGACCUUCCCAAGAUGGUGGUGGACGAGUGUGGUUGUCCAUAAGCGAUCGGCCGCGUAGAGACUUUCAACCAAUUUGAACUGAAUCGAAUUUACCGGUACCUUUUUAGUUUGUUAACUUCCCCCUUGUAUUUUUCGUCAUGUUCUCUUACCAGUAUCGCUGUACACUGUGAACUGUGAUCUGAUUGUUAAGAUUUGUGGUUGCCUUCUUAUACAAGAAAUUUUUAUAUUCUUAUAUCGAGAGUGGACGAUGUGCGCGCUCCGACGACCUAGUGACCAAGGGUUUUAACUUGUAUAUUGUAGACGUUAUAGCGAAUAACGACUGAUGUAGUAACGAUAAUCGAUCGUGUAAAUAAUACUCUAUUUUAUUAUAAAUCAGUAGGAGGUGUAAACUUGUAAAAGAAAGAUGUUCGUGAGCGCGCUUUCAGGGUCGAGAUGUUUAUAAAUUAGCAAUCGUUCUUUACUCAUAUCAUUCGUGUCUAGUAGCUAUACCUUGUGAUACUGUAGUUCCACACGACGAUAUGUCUAGGAUAAGUAGCUACUGUGAGUGUUAGCCCGUCCUCUAAUUUUUCACAUUGGCUGCGAGGACCCCAAUACUAUUGUUACAACGUUAAUUCUAUAGUAGAAAUUAUAAGUGUACACCUAAAUACUGACUAAAAAAAAUGUUCAAACAUCAAAAAACAAAACAAUAUACAAAAAAAUUCAGGAAACUUUUGUUUCAAAAAUUGAGUUUGAAUAUGUAUAAAGAGGCCAAGACUGUUUAAAACAUAUCUUAAAUUUCGGGUUUAAACCUUUUUUUCCAUUUCUUUGGCUUGGCCAAAAUACAAAUCACUUAAGUGUGCCAAACUAAAAACAACAUCUACCGAAAAUUAAAUUCAUGAGCAGCUAAUCUUCCAGCCUUAGAUACUUAACAGGAUUUUUUUCGUCCUUAGUAAACACAUAGACCGAAUUUUGAAAUAUUAGAUCGAAUAAAUUUCCUGGUAAACUUAAACGUAGAGUCUAAAUUGUUUUGUUUACAGUAACUAACGUAUCACUCACAUCUUUCUAGAGGCAGCAGGUCUGGAACAUUGUACAGUUACCUGGAGAGGAUGCUAUGUAUAUUGUAGACUAGUCAGUUGCUUGUUUCUGUUACACCGGUGUACAAUAGGCGAUAUCACUGUAGCAUUCCCUAGCCCAGUGGAGUGUCAUGUGUGAAUCCCACUCCUGCAUCCAAGAGUUGUCUGAAACACGAAUCAUUUUACUUUUCGUGCUUCAAAUCAUUCAAAGACAUUCCAGAUGCAUGAAUUGUGUUAGUUCCAAAGGAUCUCUAAAACGUUUCGUUUCAUAAAUUCCAUAUAU